AUGGAAUAUAAAUGCUGCGAACACAGUGGCCAGCCAGCCAUUCUCGCAUCAACUUCCGUCAUGGAACGUCUACUCUUCGCUCUGGCCCUCAUUGGGGUCACUCUUGCCUGUCCACCAGUUCCACAACCGGCAGUCACUGGAAAAGGAAGUGAAACAGCCAAGAUCACAAUAGUUACCAGUGAUGCAUACAAUCCGAGUCAACUACAACAAUUCAUGAACCAAUUCGAUCAAACAGAUAUCGAGCAAUACUCUGCAGCUCUUGGUGACUUCGAUGAUCUGAGUUCUGCAGACGUCGAUGGCAAUUUCGCUUACGUUUUCAUCCUUUAUGACUGUGUUUGCAACAAGAAGUGUGAAAACGGAACAACUGGAACAGUACGAGGAGAUUCCACAGCAUUUGUUAGCGUUGUUUCUGUUGCUUCUCAGAACUUUGUCAACCAAAUUCUAAAACCUUUGCUCGGUCAGUUCGGAUGCGUGAAGCUUUCCUUCGCCUUGAACCAGGACGGAGGUUUAUUGUUCAUCUACACAAUGCAAAACACCAGCUGUAAUCUGGGCUGUGCAGAUGGAGCAACUGGAAAAGUGCAAGGAAAUUCCAUGGCACUUGUUAAGCUGACACCUAUGUUCGGUCAGAUCGGUUGCGUGCAAUCUACGUCCUGGAACGUCAUAAAUAGCAACGGAUAUUUUGGACUCGAGUACCUCGUUGCCGAAACCAACUGUAACCUG